UUUUACCCUAGAAGUCACUAAAGUGUCAUCUGUAAAUUCUGUAAAUUUAACGAGUGUUUGAAAAUGACAGAGGAGAAAAUUGGCUCGUUAGAGGAGGAGGCUUUAAAGAGAAAAGAACGACUUCAGGCACUCAAGAGGAAGAAUGAAGAAGGCAAAGAAAAUGCGGACAACGUGGCCGAAAAUUUGCCGAAGCCAAAAUUUCGGAGUUACAAACCGCAAGACGAAAGCUUGAAGAAUAAUAUAAUAGAAGACGCGAAACCUGGAGAUGUGGAAGCUGUAGUUCAAGAACAGCUGGACGCCGCAAAGAGUAAAGUGGUUAUCGAGGAACUGGAUAUUAGUAAUUUAGCACCAAGAAAGCCUGAUUGGGAUCUAAAGCGAGACAUAGCCAAAAAAUUAGAAAUAUUAGAAAGGAGAACGCAGAAGGCGAUAGCGGAAGAGGUGAGGGCACGUCUCAAACAAGGCCAACAAGAUCUAGCAGCUUAUGUAAAUAACAAAGAAUGAUAUCGUUCUCAGAAAUAUGUAUAUUUUGUAAUAAAUUAUAUACUUUUUUUAUUUAGAGAAUAUAUACCUAAUAAUCAAA